CACAAACAAUUUGCAAUUUCCCCUUUUAGCACUCUUCUAUUUUAGAAUUAAAAAAAAAUUUUAGAAAAUAAAUAAUAACUUAUAAAAAUACAUGACUUUUGCUAGCCGGCCUAAUCAGGCUGCCGGCCUUAAGCUUGAGCACCGCCUCAUGUCAUGCAUGACUAAAAGUGAAAACCUUUCUCUAUAUAUAUAUACGUACUCUCUCCUCGCAAUCCUUAUAAUUAACUUCUCUUCUCUGAAAGAUAUUCUCUGUGUCUUCAUUAUAAUCGUUUACAUAAAGAAGAUGAGGCAAGCUGGGACUUACUCAGGAUUACUCUGUGGUGGAUUAUCCGGAAGAACUGGCCCCCACUCUCUGCCAUUGGCAAGGAUUAAGAAGAUCAUGAAGAAAUCGGGAGAUGAUGUGAAGAUGAUAUCUGGUGAGGCACCGAUUGUGUUCUCUAAAGCAUGUGAGCUCUUCAUUAAAGAGCUUACACAAAGGUCUUGGAUGGUGACUAUGCAAGGCAAGAGAAGGACUCUUCAUAAAGAAGAUGUUGCUUCUGCUGUUAUCGCUACCGAUAUUUUUGAUUUUCUUGUUAAUUUGGUGGAUAAUAAUCAUUCCACCAAUAAUAAUUCUUCCAUGGACAAGCCUCAAGAAAUAGAAUCCAUUAAUGACGUAGUAAUGCAUUUACCAUCUACAACUGAAUACCUAUUUUAGAAAAUAUUUUUCUAGUGUAAAUUUACGCUAGAAAUAUUUUUAAUUGUAUUACAUUUUCUUACGGCUUACCAACUAUACAAUAGUGAUGUAUCCGAACUGUACUUAAAUAUUUGAAUUUAACCAUGUUUUAUGGAAUAUUAGGAAAACAAAUGUUU